AUGCAAAUCUUGUCAAGAACAACAACUCCUCACACCUUCAAAACUUGUCAUUCUUAUGAAUUCUUCAAGUCUGUUUUUGUUAGAUUCAUCGUCACCAGUUGCAGGGCCGUUGUAAUCCCCCGUUUCGGUGGACCCGAGGUGCUACAGCUUCGCUCUGAUGUUGAUGUCCCUCAGCUCAAACCCAAUGAGGUCCUGGUUCGAGCCCGUGCUGUUUCAAUCAAUCCACUUGAUACUAGAAUGCGAUCAGGCUAUGGUCGUUCCAUAUUCGAACCCCUUCUACCUCUAAUUUUGGGUCGUGAUAUUAGUGGUGAAGUUGCAGCAGUUGGAAAUUCUGUGCGGUCAUUUGGCAUUGGACAAGAAGUUUUUGGUGCAUUGCAUCCAACUGCUGUGAGGGGUACUUAUGCUGACUAUGCAGUUCUGUCAGAAGAUGAACUUACGGCAAAACCACCAUCACUUACGCACGUGGAAGCAAGUGCCAUCCCUUUUGCUGCACUAACUGCAUGGCGUGCGUUAAAAAGUACUGCUAGGAUAACUGAGGGGCAAAGGGUGUUAGUAGUGGGGGGUGGUGGAGCAGUAGGUUUGGCUGCAAUUCAGCUAGCAGCUGCUGCAAGGUGCCAUGUUACAACUACCUGUGGAAGUCAAAGCAUAGAUCGAGUGCGGGAAGCGGGUGCUGAGCAGGCUGUUGACUACACUGCUGAGGACAUUGAACUAGGAAUCAAGGGGAAGUUUGAUGCUGUUUUGGACACCAUUGGCGUACCAGAAACAGAAAGAAUCAGCAUCAAGUUUUUGAAGAGAGGUGGACACUAUAUGACACUUCAAGGCGAAGCAGCAUCCUUGACUGAUAGGUAUGGACUAGCAGCCGGGCUUCCUAUUGCUACAGCUAUUUUAGUCAAGAAACAGAUUCAAUACCGAUACUCACAUGGAAUAGAAUAUUGGUGGACUUAUAUGAGGGCUGAUCCAGAUGGUUUAGAUGAGAUCCGCCGGCUAUCUGAAGCUGGAAAAGUGAAAAUACCCGUGGAGAAAACAUUUCCCAUUACACAAGUGAGAGAGGCUCAUGAGGCUAAAGACAAAAAGAAAAUCCCAGCCGCCAACUUGGAAAUCCUUGGACUCCACACUUUGGGGCUAGGCAAACAAAGGAAAUCAGGAAAGAGACUGAAGUUAGCUACUUUGCUUGGUGACUCCCUCAAGAGCAGGAACAGACCUGUUCUUCCUGCAAUUCUUUGGCAACUCUUAGGUGGGUAUUAG